AUGGCGGCAUCCUCAGGCACGCCGCCCCUCAAUGCCGUCUACUACCCCAGCUGGCGGAUCUACAAGGGCAUCGCCCCAUCACACCUGCAGCUCGACUACAUCAACCGGGUCUACUAUGCCUUUAUCCUCGCCAACGAGGACGGCACCCUGCGCUCCCUCGACACGCAUGCUGACCACGCCAUCGCCGUCGACGGCGCGAGCGGGUGCAUCACGGCCACCGCGCGGCUCAAGCACAUCUCCCCGCUGGGCCACGGCCUCCAGAUCCUCGCCUCCAUCGGCGGCGGGUCCGGCAGCGCGCCGUUCCCAGCGCUAGCCGCGAGCCCCGCGGCCCGCGAGACUUUUGCCCGCGAGUGCAGGCACUUUGUCGACGCGCACGGCUUCGACGGCGUCGACAUCGACUGGGAGCACCCGCAGGACAGCGCCGCGGGCGCCGACUACAUCGCUCUGCUGGCCACCCUGCGCCAGCACCUGCCCGCCCCACGGUACCUGCUCACCACCGCGCUGCCCGUGGGCCAGUGGGUGCUCCGGCACAUUGACCUCCGCGCCGCCGCGGGCUUGCUGGACAGCUUGAACUUGAUGGCGUACGACUUUACUGGGUCCUGGACAGAGGUGUGCGGGCAUCAGGCGCAGCUGCUCGCCCCCGGCGCGGGAGCGAUGGAGGACUGCCACCCUGUGCUGAGGAAGUCCGCGCACGAGGGCGUCGAGUAUGUCGUGUCCCGCGGGUUUCCUAGGGACAAGAUCGUCCUGGGCGUGCCGGCCUAUGCGAGGAGCUUUGCUGGUGCGAGGGGCGCCGGGCAGCCGUUUGGGGGCGCGGAGGAGAUGGACUAUGUUGAUCUGCCGAGGGAGUGGAUACACCACGCGCAGAUCGACCAGAGGACAGGCGCCGCGUGGUAUGUUGAUGAUGACGGCAAUGGCGGCGGCAAGGGGUUUGUGAGCUUUGAUGUGCCAGAGACAGUCAGGCAGAAAGGUGCGUACGCGAGGACGCUUGGCCUGGGCGGGCUGUUCUACUGGACGGGCGCUGGUGAUAUCAACGGCCCUGAGAGUUUGGUCAAGGCUGGAUAUGAAGGUUUGAGACGGUGA